CGGCAGCUAGUGGGUCCUCCGGUGACUCCGGGGCGGGGCUGCGGGGAGGGUGCCCCCCGACUGAACGACUGCUCCGGAAUGGGGGGUGUGGCUGGUCGGCCAGCAUCAUCCGGGUGGGAGAAAGGGUCCGCUGUUACCGGCGGCGGCGCAAUCCCCAAGGCCUGCUGCUAGAGAUGCUCUUCCUCUCGUUUCAUGCAGGCUCUUGGGAAAGCUGGUGCUGCUGCUGCUGUCUGAUUCCCGCGGACAGACCUUGGGACCGGGGCCGGAGCUGGCAGCUGGAGAUGGCGGACACGAGAUCGGUGUAUGAAACCAGGUUUGAGGCGGCGGUGAAGGUGAUCCAGAGUUUGCCGAAAAAUGGAUCAUUCCAGCCAACAAAUGAAAUGAUGCUCAAGUUCUAUAGCUUCUACAAGCAGGCAACUGAAGGACCCUGUAAACUCUCAAGGCCUGGGUUCUGGGAUCCUAUUGGAAGAUAUAAAUGGGAUGCUUGGAGCUCAUUGGGUGAUAUGACUAAAGAAGAAGCCAUGAUUGCAUAUGUUGAGGAAAUGAAAAAGAUUCUUGAAACUAUGCCUAUGACUGAGAAAGUUGAAGAAUUGCUGCAUGUUAUAGGUCCAUUUUAUGAAAUUGUAGAAGACAAAAAGAGUGGCAAGACUUCUGACUUGACCUCAGAUCUUGGUAAUGUUCUGAUCUCUUCAAAUGCCAAAGCUGUUAAUGGUAAAACUGAGAGCAGUGACAGUGGAGCUGAGUCUGAGGAAGAAGAGGCCCAGGAAGAGUUCAAAGGAGCAGAACAGAGUGAUAGUAAUGAUAAGAAAAUGGUGAAGAAAUCAACAGAUAAGAAUUUGGAAAUCAUUGUCACCAAUGGCUAUAAGGAUAGCUUUGUUCAGGAUGCACACGAUGAUGUUCAUAGCAAUUCUUCCCCGAGGGACAGAAGCAAUGAAGAAGCAAAACCCAUAGAUCCGAGUUUGGAGCAGACUGGAAACACUGUUGUCUGUGUUCACCAAGAUACAAAUGAUGAUCACAGUGAAGAUGCGUCAGGAAUUCAUUUGACAAGUGAUUCAGAUAGUGAAGUAUACUGUGAUUCUAUGGAGCAAUUUGGACAAGAAGAGUAUUACUUAGGUGGUGAUCCCAGUCAGCACUUGGAAAAUUCUGGUUUUUGUGAAGACGCUCAAAUAUCUCCCGGAAAUGGCAGCAUUGGGAAAAUGUGGAGGGUAGCAGUCGAGGGAAAAGGAGAAGUAAAGCAUGGAGGAGAAGAUGGCAGAAGUAACAGCGGAGCGCCACACCGUGAGAAGAGAGGAGGAGAAAGUGAGGACUUCUCUAAUGUCAGAAGAGGGAGAGGGCAUAGAAUGCCACAUUUGAGUGAAGGAACCCAGGGUCGGCAAGUCGGAAGUGGAGGUGAUGGAGAACGCUGGGGCUCAGACCGAGGCUCCAGAGGCAGCCUCAAUGAGCAGAUUGCCCUUGUACUCAUCAGAUUACAAGAGGACAUGCAAAAUGUCCUUCAGAGACUUCAUAAACUGGAAACACUAACUGCUUCGCAGGCGAAAUUAUCGUUGCAGACAAGUAAUCAGCCCUCCUCACAGAGACCAUCUUGGUGGCCCUUUGAGAUGUCUCCUGGUGCAUUAACUUUUGCUAUUAUAUGGCCUUUUAUUGCCCAGUGGUUGGUGCAUUUAUAUUAUCAAAGAAGGAGAAGAAAACUAAACUGAAGAAAAUCACAUGUUACUCAAGAAGACUUCUGGACCUGGAUGACCUAAAAUAUGAAAUGGAUUGUGGAUUUCACAAGAAAA